UUGAACCCAGGACCUUCUUGCUGCAAGGCAACAGUGCUACUAACUGCGCCACCAUGCAGCUCUGCCCUAAUCAUCCAGCUAAAUUAGUUAAAAGUGGCUUAAAGACCACAAAAUUAUUGUUUUAGAGUGGCCGUCACAAAGCCCUCAUCUCAAAUUUGUGGGCAGAGCUCAACAAUUGUGUGUGUAAGGCGACCAGCAAACUUGGAUAAGUUACACCACUUCUGUCAGGAGAAAAUGGCCAAAGUUCCAGGAAACUAUGGUGAGAAGCUCGUAGAAGGAUGCCCAAAACGUUUGACCCAAGUCGGACAUUUUAGAAACUUCUGGAUUUGAAUAAAGUUAAAAAGAACAUUUGUAGGAAAUUCUGCUCCUCAUUACUGUGACAGUAAGAGACAUGCAAUAGAGGUCAUGAGCCUUUUGCUCAGCUGAGGUGGUACAGGAACCCUAGAUUGCUUUAAUAUUAGCCUUCAGCUGGCCUGGAUGGUUGGCUUUGGUGUCUCUCGUCUUCUUCUUGACAGCACACCGUAGAUUCUCUAUGGGGUUAAGGUAAGGCCAUUUCAUUGACCAAUCAAUCACUGUGAAAGCAUAGUCAUUUAACCAGGCAUUUGUGCUUUUGGCAGGUUCCAAGUCCUCUGUUGAAAAUAUGAAGUGCUAUAAAAAUAUGCAUUUCCCUUUUUAAAUCGAGUUGAUGAAAUGAAUUAACGUCUUGAUGAUAUCGUAAUUUAUUUUUGAUGCGCUUGUGUUGCGGCAUUUGGACUAAAAACUUGGAAGAACCACUGCUCUUAAUUCUUAUGUGCGACCCGAUGCGAUAGAGGGCGCUGUUGACUCCCACCGGAUGCUCAAGUUUGUUGCCGGAAGUCAAUCACAAUUGGCAAGGGGAAACGCACCGUUUCGGCAUUUGGGUUCAGUCGGGGCUUUCGAUUCGGACAGAAUUCAGGUAAAUCCGUCUAAAAGUACUGCGAAUAACGGAAAACAUGGGGAAGAAAGGCAAGAAAGAGAAGAAGGUGAAAGGAGCGGAUAAGACGGCCGCUAAAAUGGAGAAAAAGGUUUCAAAGAGGUCCAAAAGAGAAGAGGAGGACCUGGAGGCUCUGAUCGCUGAGUUCCAGAAUCUGGACGCUAAAAAGACCCAGGUCACAGAGACCAGCUGUCCUCCUCCAUCAGCGAGGUUGAAUGCGUCUUUGUCUGCACAUCCUGAGAAAGAUGAGCUCAUCCUGUUUGGAGGAGAAUUCUUCAACGGAAAAAAGACGUAUCUCUACAAUGAUCUGUUUUUCUACAACAUCAGAAAGAACAGCUGGGUUAAAUCUGAGAUACCCAACCCUCCUCCUCCACGCUGCUCCCACCAGGCGGUGGUGGUCCCACAGGGUGGAGGCCAGCUCUGGGUGUUUGGGGGAGAGUUUGCUUCUCCAAAUGGGGAACAGUUCUACCACUACAAGGACCUCUGGGUGCUGCACCUGGCUACACACACAUGGGAAAACAUUAAAGCUCCUGGUGGUCCAUCGGGGCGCAGCGGCCACCGAAUGGUCCUUAGCAAGAGGCAGCUGCUGGUGUUUGGAGGUUUCCAUGAAAGCACAAGGGAUUUCAUCUACUACAACGAUAUCUACGCUUUCUCCUUGGACACCUUCUCCUGGUCUCGCCUUGCUCCAUCCAGCUUUGCCCCUUCGCCGCGCUCCGCCUGUCAGAUGACCUCCACCCCAGACGGUGCAGGCGUCAUCAUCUACGGUGGAUACUCUAAAGUGAGGGUGAAGAAGGACGUGGAGAAGGGGACCAUCCACUCCGACAUGUUUCUCCUAAAACAGGAUGGUAAAGAUGGCCAAGAAAAGUGGUCUUGGUCCAGACUGAGCCCGUCUGGGAGCAAGCCUCCUCCUCGCUCUGGUUUUUCUCUGGCAGUGGGACCAGCGGGGCGGGCGGUGCUGUUCGGGGGGGUUUGUGAUGAGGAAGAGGAGGAGUUGCUGGAGGGAGACUUCUACAACGACCUCUACUUAUACGAUACGGCAAAGAACCGCUGGUUCCCCGGAGCUCUCAGGGGAACCAAGUCAGAGAAGAAGAAGCGACGAAGGGGGAAGAAAGCUGGUGCAGAGGAUGAGGGCGCUGAGACAAAGGAGGAGGAAGAGGAGGCAGUGGCUCGAGGACCGACUGAGGUCAUCAAGGAGAUCGUGACAGAGGAUGGUACAGUGAUGACUAUCAAGGAGGUGAUCCCUGGUGCUCAAGAGGAGGAGGAGGAGGAUGAAGAAGAGGAGGAGGAGGAAGAUGAUUCAGCCUCGGCCCCGAUGGUGGAGCCCUGUCCGAGGUCCAGCGCCAUGGCAACAGUGCGUCAGGGCAAGCUGUACCUGUACGGAGGGAUGUUUGAGGUGGGAGACCGCCAGGUCACCCUAAGUGACUUCUACUGCCUAGACCUACACAAGAUGGAUCGCUGGGAGGUGCUGGUUGAAAUGGACCCGAAGACGCAGGAGUGGCUAGAAGAGUCUGAGUCAGAGGAGGAAGAGGAGGAGGUGGAGGAAGAAACCAAAGGAGCAGAAGGGGAGGAGGAGUCUGAGGACAGUGAGGAUGAUCAAGAAGAAGAAAAAGAAGAAGAGGAGCACCCCGUGGUGCAGGAGGGAGAGACGGUGACAGACUACCAGAUCCGGACCGAGCAGUACUGGAUAAAACUUGCACGUGCCAACAUGGGCCCGAAUGCCAAGGAUAAGAAAGUAGCCAAGGUUGCUGUCGCCAUGGCGAAAGUCUUCUAUGAAGACCAGUAGUGGGACUCCCAGAACUGGAACUGCUUGUGUGUGUGUGUGUGUGUGUGUGUGUCUUUUACAUUACUUACAUUUACAUUCAGUGUCAAGGAAUAUCAGCUGAACUUCAGAAACUGUAAUAAAAUUAGUUUCUAAGCAAAACAUUUAAAUGUCCACAGAAUGCAGUGAACCACAGUUUUACUGUGCAUGCAUAUUAGAAAACAGUAGGAUUGAUAAUGCAUUUAAGUUUGUUUUAUGAAGACUUCUCUGAAAAUGUUGACAUUUUUGAAAUAAUUUUUAUUAAUGUUUCGAAGAUUUAAAAAUCAAAAAUAAUAAAAACUCAUUUGUAUUGUUAA